AACACACACGAAGUAAAGAGUCAUCGGUCAAGGAAGGCAAAUUUAAUGCUAUUUGGCUUUUCCAGAAUAUUAUUUAAUCUCUCGGUCAAAUUCUUCUUAUCAUUUUUUUGCCUCCAUGCACUGCAUCUUGGGUAUUUCAAUACCAUAAUGUACAAUUAUAUAAAUAUUUCUCUCAGUGCUUAUGUUAAUUAAGUUCGCUAUGAGAUUCUUUCAUAGAAAAAUAAAUAGAUGGAAUGAUAGAGAGCGGAUUGGCUAGUCUAUGUUUAGUGAGUCAGUUAGCUGGUAAGAGCUUUAAGGCUUGAUUUAAAAUAUAAGUGAUGCUGUCCAACAAAGCGAUGUACGACUGUGUACGAUGGUUAUCUCAAUGUCUCAAUCUCAGUGUUCAAUAAUAAUCUGUGGAAAUGACAACAAAAACUCGUAUUUGCACGGCGUUGUGUUUCAGUUGCUCAAUAAACAUCGCAUUGUGUGUAACAAAUCAACAAAUAUGCCACCUAUAUAUACAAUAUUUUUUGUAUUAUUUACUACAUAUAGACUGCAAUCGAUAUUAGCUCAAGAUUCCGAAUUGGUAAGUGAUUGCGCGACCUACAAAAAGACUGUCUUUGAAAAAAGGGAUGGGUAUAGUUUUUUGCUACCUGGUGAACCGAUCAUCUACAAAUCUCAGGACAAUUGUCGCAGUUAUACACCACUUAUCAUUGGCGGUGCUCCAGCCGAUCCCAAGGAAUUUCCACAUGCUGCUCGCUUAGGUCAUCGCAGUGAGACUGAUAAUAAUAAUAUCAACUGGUUUUGCGGUGGCACAUUGAUAAGCGAUCGCUUGAUCUUGACGGCGGCCCACUGUCUCUUCACAAAUAACGGCGAGGUGAAUGUGGUACGUUUGGGCGAAUUGGACUUUGACAGCGAGAGUGAUAAUGCCGAUCCUGAAGAUUUUAAUGUAACUGCUAGUCGAGAACAUCCUGAUUACAGUCAUAAAUUGCUAUAUAACGAUAUUGCCAUAGUUGAACUGAAUCGAUCGGUUCAUUUCGAUACAUAUAAACAUCCCGCCUGCAUGCCCUUUGACGAUGGCGAGAGUCAUUCAACAUUCAUUGCCAUUGGCUGGGGACAAAUAAAACUUGUUGGCAAAAGUUCAAAUAAAUUGCUGAAAGUCAAAUUGCAUAAUUUUGGACAGAAAUGUGCUGAGACGACUGAGAUUACAAGUGAGCUGCCCACAGGGUAUAACGCCAGUACACAACUCUGCAUUGGAUCCAGUGGACACAAGGAUACAUGUAAUGGUGAUUCCGGUGGUCCUGUAUUAAGCUAUCACAAGGAUUAUCCUUGCAUGUAUCAUGUAAUGGGAGUUACUUCCGCAGGCAUUAGCUGCGAUACACCAGAUGUUCCGUCCUUGUACACACGAGUUUAUCAUUAUCUGAAAUGGAUAAAACAAGAAAUGAGCAAUACUCGAAAGAAAUAUGCGAAUGUCAAACUUUUCUAGCAUUCUAUUAUGAAUAAUAAUGGGAAUUUGUUUUUA